UACGUACUUCAACCCCUCCUCUUCCCACUCUCUCCAAACCCUCCUCCUCCUCCUCCUCCCAAUUACUCAUACCACACACAUACCCUCAAAAUGGCCACCAACAUCACCUACCACGCCAGCGGCCUCACCCGCACGGAGCGCAACACCCUCCGCUCCCAGCGCGGCCUCACAAUCUGGCUGACCGGCCUCUCCGCGUCGGGCAAAUCCACACUAGCCGUCGAACUCGAGCACCAACUGGUCCGCGACCGUGGCGUUCACGCCUACCGCCUGGACGGCGACAACAUCCGGUUCGGACUCAACAAGGACCUGGGAUUCAGCGAAGCCGACCGGAACGAGAAUAUCCGGCGGAUCGCCGAAGUGGCGAAGCUGUUUGCCGAUUCGUCCGCUAUCGCCAUCACUUCUUUCAUCUCCCCGUACCGCAAGGACCGCGACACCGCGAGACAGUUGCAUGAGGUGCCCACGCCCGGAGAGGAGACGGGUCUGCCGUUCGUUGAGGUGUAUGUUGAUGUACCUGUGGAGGUGGCGGAGCAGCGUGACCCUAAGGGAUUGUAUAAGAAGGCUAGGGAGGGUGUGAUUAAGGAGUUUACGGGGAUUAGUGCCCCGUAUGAGGCGCCGGUUAAGCCUGAGGUUCAUGUCAAGAAUCAUGAGGUGCCGGUGCAGGAGGCGGUUGCGCAGAUUAUUCGGUAUUUGGAUGAGCAGGGGUAUUUGCCUGCUAAGAAGGAGUAGAGUAUUUCCCUGGUGGGGAUGGGGGUUUAGAGUAGAUAGAUGAUAGAUAGAGAUUUGUUGGUUGUAUAUAUCAUUUGGGCUUGACUGUUUACUGCUUACUACAUUUGAAUAGAUUCUUAGGCUGGGGGUGGAGUACUUCUAUGUACGUACGCUAGACUUAUAAACAGGAAGAGAAUAGAUCC